ACAACACAACAACGAGGCUGCUAUUACCCUAUUGACCCAUUGACCCUCGCCCUGUAACAAUCCCCCGCUCCCUUGAUACCAGAUAACAGAAUCAAAACAUCGAUUUUAUAUCUAAUUUCCCAACCGUGAAUUCAACCCCUAAACCUCUACCUUUCAUGAAAAUUACGUGGGGUUCUUCCCAAUUGCGAGUGUCUUCUUCUCUCACAACUGGUACAUUGCGAACAACCUAUCCGAAUAGGUUCUAUUUUUCUAAGUCGUGUGUGAACGCGCCACACGACUUCCAACGUCCAUCAUGGACUCUGACAUCAUGGACGACUCGGUCUUUGGCGACGACGUCGAUAAUGACUCAGACGGCUACUCGCCCGAGGUGAAGCCUAAGGCCAAGGCCGCUCCCAAGAAAUCUGCAGCAAAACCCGCAGCUAAGACUGCGUCAAAGAAAAUGGUUCAGACUACCCUCAAAUCGACUAAGGCUGCUCCUAAGAAACGCUCAAAGCCUGAUAGCGACGACGAUGACGGUGACGAUGUCUCGGGCUUUUCCAACACGCCCCCGAGUGCAAAGAAGCAGAGGAAGGCUCCCGCCACUAAGAAGUCAGCCGGCGAACCCUUGGUCGAGAUCGAGAAUGAUAGCAUGAUGCCAGACAGCCCCAAGGCAAGCAAGAAGAAGACUGCUACGGAGACGUAUCAGAAGUUGACACAGCUGGAACAUAUCAUCAAGCGACCUGAUACUUACAUCGGCUCUGUCGAGCGCACUGAGCAGCAGAUGUGGGUUUUCAACAAGGAAACUAAUCAGAUGGAACUACGACCCAAGGUCGGAUAUGUGCCCGGUCUCUACAAGAUUUUUGACGAAAUUCUUGUCAACGCUGCAGACAACAAACAGCGCGACUCGGGUAUGACCUAUAUGAAGGUGUCUAUUAACCGCCAAGAAGGUCAAAUCACUGUCGAGAAUAACGGAAAAGGUAUUCCGGUAGAGAUCCACGAUAAGGAGAAAGUUUAUAUUCCAGAGCUGGUUUUCGGCCAUCUCCUUGCUGGUUCCAACUUUGACGACGACGAGAAGAAAACCGUGGGUGGUCGAAACGGUUACGGUGCCAAGCUCUGUAACGUCUUCAGUACGGAAUUCACUUUAGAGUGCCAGGACUCCAAGAAUGGCAAGAGGUAUAAGCAGACGUGGAGAGAUAACAUGGGCAAGAUGGACAAGGCAAAGAUCUCGAGUAGCAAGUCUAGCGACUUCGUCCGUGUCUCUUUCAAACCGGAUUGGAACAGGUUUGGCAUGCCGAACGGUAUCGACGAUGAUCUUGAGUCCUUACUCUAUCGUCGUGUCUACGACAUGGCUGGCACAGUUCGUGGCGUCAAAGUCUACCUAAACGACACCCACAUCAAGCUAGAUUUCAAGAAAUAUUGCGAGAUGUAUGCCAAGGCUAUCGCUCGUGAGCGAGGAGACGAAGAGGGCACUGAAGCACCUAGUUCCACAGUUAUUCUCGAAGAUAACAAGGUUCACGGCGGCCGAUGGGAGAUUGGUUUUGCUGUCUCGGAUGGCUCUUUCCAACAAGUCUCCUUCGUGAACUCUAUCGCUACGACUACGGGUGGCACUCAUGUCAAUUACAUCUCUGACCAGAUUUGCGAGUCUCUUCUCAAGACGCUAAACAAGAAGAAGAAAGGCCACUCGCUGAAGGCCAAUCAUAUCCGCAACCACAUCUUCAUCUUCAUCAACUGUUUAAUCAACAAUCCGGCGUUCAAUUCGCAAACCAAGGAGCAGAUGACUACCAAAGUUAGUCAGUUUGGCAGCAAGUGUGUCUUAACCGAUGGAUUCCUGAAGAAGAUUGGUCAAACAGAUGCGAUCAACAACAUCAUUCAAUUUGCAGAAGCAAAGGCCGACAAGAUGCUCGCCAAGAGCGAUGGUAACAAACGAUCAAGAAUUAGCAACGCCAAACUCGUCGAUGCUAACUUGGCGGGUACCAAGAAAGGUCAUGAAUGUACUUUGAUCUUGACUGAAGGUGACUCCGCCAAAAGUUUGGCCGUCGCUGGUCGUGCCAUCCUAGAUCCCGAUCGUAUUGGUGUUUUCCCUCUUCGUGGAAAGAUGCUGAACGUCCGCGACGCUUCGAUUGAUCAGAUUACCAAGAAUCAGGAAAUUCAGAACAUCAAGCAAUUCCUCGGACUGAAGCAUAAGCAGGUUUAUACGGAUAACAAGUCCCUUCGGUAUGGACAUCUGAUGAUCAUGGCCGAUCAAGAUCACGACGGUAGCCAUAUCAAAGGUCUCCUCAUCAAUUUCCUUCAAGUCCAGUAUCCUUCGCUUCUCAAGAUCCCAGAUUUCUUCCAGGAAUUCAUCACGCCCAUUGUGAAAGUUUGGCAAGGACCAAAUCCCAAGAAGCCACUAAGGUUGAAGUCAUUCUUCACUCAGCCUCAGUAUGAGGAAUGGAAGGAGUCACAUAAGGCAGAAUUGAAAAAAUGGGAAUCGAAGUACUACAAGGGUCUGGGUACCAGUUCAAACGAGGACGCACAAGUUUACUUCAAUGAUCUCGAUAACCACCUGAAGCAAUUCAGCACCAUGCAACCAGCAGAAGCUGAGCUAUUCGAACUCGCUUUCUCCAAAAAGAAGGCGGAUGCUCGUAAAGAAUGGCUUGGCAACUUUGUGCCUGGAACGUACUUGGAUCAUUCAACUAAGCAGGUCUCAUACAACGACUUUGUCAACAAGGAGUUGAUUCUGUUUAGUAUGGCUGACAAUAUGCGGUCUAUUCCCUCGGUGGUUGAUGGCCUAAAACCUGGUCAACGAAAGGUCAUUUACGCUUGCCUGAAGCGAAACCUGACCAAGGACAAGAAGGUCAUUGAACUGGCUGGUUACGUGUCUGAACAGACGGCCUACCAUCACGGUGAAGUGUCUUUGCAGCAGACUAUUAUUGGCCUGGCCCAGAAUUUCGUUGGUUCUAACAAUGUCAAUUGUCUCGAGCCCAGUGGUAAUUUCGGUUCCCGACUUGCAGGUGGUUCGGAUGCUGCCAGCGCUCGAUACAUCCACACUCGUCUCUCCCCAUUCGCCCGACGCGUCUUCUCCCCUCUAGAUGAACCCAUCUUAGAGCACCUAGUUGAAGACGGAAAGCAAAUCGAGCCGAAAGUCUACGUACCUGUCAUCCCCAUGGUUUUAGUGAACGGUGCGGAUGGUAUCGGCACAGGUUGGAGCACAUCAAUUCCGAAUUACCACCCCAUGGACAUCAUCAGGAAUCUGAAACGACGCAUGGGGCGUUUAGACGGUCCAGAGGAAAAGCCUUUUGAGACAAUGACCCCUUGGUUCCGAGGCUGGAAGGGUACCGCGCAAGUCGCUGAGAAUAAUCGUUACCAGUUCAAUGGUAUUGCGUAUCAGGACGAGAAGCACCCCAAUGAGGUAAUCGUUACCGAGUUGCCUAUCCGCAUGUGGACCGAUGAUUUCAAAGCGAAACUGGAAGAUAUUAUUCGAGGCGAAAAGGCUCCCUCUUUCAUCAAAGACUACAAGGAAUUCAACGACCACAGGAACGUCCAUUUCGAGAUUCAAAUGGACGAGAAACACAUGAAUCAAGCGUUAGCGGAAGGUCUACUGGAGAAAUUCAAGUUGGUCAAGCAAGUUGCAACGUCUAAUUUAGUCGCAUUCGACACUCGUGGCAUGAUCCGCAAAUAUGAGAAGGUAGAGGAUAUUCUCGAGGAGUUUUACGUGUACCGACUGCAAAUCUACGCUGAUCGCAAAGCUCAUUGGCUCGGUGUUUACGACGCGGACUUCCGCAAAUUAAAGAACCAGUACAGAUUUAUCAAGGAGAUUAUGGAUGGCGAGUUAGUGGUGUCCCGCAAGAAGAAGGCUGUCAUUGUCGAAGAGCUUCGCCAGCGAAAGUACGAGGGAUUUCCAAGAGGCCAAGAAAAGAAGACUAAAUCAGAGCUUGAAGAGGAAGGUAACAACGACAACGUAGAUGAAGCAGAUGAGGGAGAGCUGGAUGGCCCCGCGAACGCCUACGACUAUCUUCUUUCCAUGGCCAUCUGGUCGUUCACCCAAGAACGCCUUGAUCGUCUUAAGGAUCAAAUCGCCAAGAAGAAGGGCGAAUAUGAUCAUCUUAAGGCAUUAAGCGAGUUAGAUCUUUGGUGCCAGGAUCUUGAUGAAUUUGAGGCCGAGUGGGAAAAUCAAAUACGACUAGAUGCCGAGAUAACAUCUGGCAUCCGUAGAAUGGGCCGUCGCGCAUCAAAGAAAAUUGGCGCUGGUGGUGGUGGUGGUGGGCGUGGUCGCAAGCCCAGAGGCGACGAUGACUAUGCUCCAACGACUAAGUCAAAGCCGGGGCCCAAAGCAGCAGCUAAACCGAAAGAACCGCCCAAGGAGAAAUCCGUUCAACGUUUCGCUGCUAUGUUCAACAGCAACUCUAAAGUAAAGAAAGAGAGCAACGAUGCAGCGGACUCAGACUCGGACCCGUUCUCGGAUGAUGAUUUCGCCAAGUUGAAGAAUCCAGCCAAGAAGGAGAAACCUGUUGACGAGGAGGAGGAGGAAUCAGUCCUACCCAAUCCUCGAAGCAAACGUGCCGCAGCUACAAAAGCUAAAACGUGGAUCGUGGACGAUGACUCGGAAAGCGAUGACGACAAGAUGCUCGGUGAUGUUGGUGACUUAGUCAAGGGCAUUACCAACGGCAACGGCAGCGCCUCUGAGAAUAAGACUGGUAGGCUUAGUCUGUUUUCCAUGUCGCGACCGGAGAGCAGCAGUGGCAACAGCACUGGUUUGCAAACUAAGAGCAAGCCCUCGAAACCCUCAGACCUAGACGAUCACGAUGAUACGAACUAUGAGAUGUUAGCUAAGUCCUCGCCUCAUAAAAAUGCUCGUGGGGAUGAGUUGGACAGCUUCCUCUCGGAUGACGAUGAUCUGCCCCCCGUUUCUAAAGUUGUGAGAAGGUCUAAGCCUCAAGCUACCGUGUCCGAAGAUCCUAAGCCAGCCGCUACCGCCACCGCCAGCAGCGCAAGUGGAGCUGCAGUCAAGAAAGCUCGUGGCCGACCUGCCGGAUCAAAGAAGAAGGACAAGGAGGACGCUCCUGCAAAGAAGGCAGCAGCUCCCAAAGCUAAGCCUAAGGCUAAAGCCAAAGCUGUACAACUGUCGCCUGCUGCCAAAGCUUAUGCUGCCAAGAAGGCGAAGUCAAAGGAUGUCUUCGACAUGGAUGAUGAUGAAGACGAUGAUGUCGAAAUGGCUGAACCUGAUUCCCCGCCGCCGAGACCUGCGGCUCGUGGCAGACCUGGCCGCGCUGCAGCAGCGAAGUCUAAGCCAGUAUAUGUCAUUGAUGACGAUGACGACGACGAUGACGAGCUCGAGGAUGCUCCGCAAGCCGCCAACGACGACUCCGACGACCAGGGCGAUGACUUUGCUAUGGACGACAGCGAGUAAUCUUAGACGCGCACACGUCAUUCAGCUGAGUGGCAUGGCCGAGAAGAAUUCUUUAUUCUUUUCGUAAGUAACGAUUCAAAUGCCUUUGCUUAGAUCUUGAUGAGAGACGAAGGCAGCACGGUUGCUACAUUCUGUGCUGUCAUAGGAAUAAAAGGGGUUUGGGGAGGGUGAGAUCGUUGAGUCUUACGGUCAAUCACGAGGCGUUUGCGUUUAUUCAGGAUUGCUCGCUAAUCGAUGCUAUGCUUCUUGGUUCGCUUCUCCUACUACUUCAUAUGGUAUAUGUACACUAAAUAGGAAAAUGACCACUUUUGGUGAAAAAUCUUCCAGUUGUAUGUAUCAUGGUGUUGUGUUCGCCUAGGAAGCCUGUAGGUGACUUGUCUCAUUUCACGUAAGCGAUAACGCGUAUUCUCCAUAUGGCCAACUCACUCUCUUCUUUUGAUGCUAUAUGCUACUAUUAGUCAAACAUCUCGAUCCUAUGUCGUAUCAUAGUUUAGGGAGUCAUAUUUCAUAAUUCAAUUCAUG